AGGACAUCCACUUGGACACUUGAGAUACAUCGAGAUCUUAGGCUGCUGCGAUGAAUGCUGAUGACUUUAUAUGCGCCGUGUGCCUUGAGCCGUUCGCGUCACCCAUCACGCUCUACUGCGGCCACACAUUUGAUCGCGAGUGCUUGGUGAACCUCGUGGGCAAGCCUUGCCCGAUGUGCCGGCAAGGUGAGAUACGACCGGAUGUCGUUGUGCAGCCUAAGAACCAGGUCAUGUACCGGCUGGUGUUGUCGACAUGCGCCAAUUCGUCAGACGUGAUUGCGAGUCGUGGCAUCGGCCAUGAACAUGCGCGGUUGACGCGGCUCGCCACCUACGUCCGCCCGAAAUCGCCGUCUGCAUCCGCGUUGGCACGACGUACCAUAUCCGUGCACUGGGGUCAUCUCGUCCUUGUCUUUCACUCGUUGUCGUUCCCAUGGAGUGCCAUGUACGGCCCCGCUGGCUUCACCGACGACGACAACGACGAUGACGACAAUACCGAGAGUAGCAUUCCGUGUUGCGCGCAGUUCUGCAGCUGGUCCAUUGCGUUCACGUUGAUGGCGUCGUACAUUCUGUCCAUGAUCUUAUCGCAAGGGUUACACUCGUAAGAACGCUGGCGGCGUCGUGGGCUUGAUGUAUUUAUCACUGGGUGGCGUAAGCAGCUUCUGUCCAGCAUGCCAGACAUCCAUGUGGCGAAGCGCACAAUGCAUGGAAAAUAUAUCCAAUUGCAACCGUUAAAAUCCGUAACGAUAUCGAGAAGGAAUUGCGAUUGCAACGACGUCCGAC